AUUUUUUCUUUUUUUGCAAACAAGUUCAGAUUUUUCUAACUAGGCAAAAAAACAAAAAUUGAAAGGCUUACUCGCUUUUUGCUGCUCGUUUUUGUUCUCUCGAUUUCAUUCUUGAUUAGGUCGCCGGACUGGAAGAUGUUGGCGGCGGCUCAGUUCACUCUCCCUGUUGGAGUUGGAUUCAAUGUUGGUCAGACCCCGAAUCUCCGUUCCACCCCUCCAAGUCGACACCAUUUUUCCAGACGCACUUUCGAAUUUUCCGGCGAUUCCGCUUUGCCCAAUACCAUUUACCAUUCUUCCAAGCAGUUGGAGUCGGAUGCGCCGUUGAGGAUUCCUGCCGCUUUGGCCGGCGGCGGCGGAAUUGGGCGGGGUAGCGGCGGCGGAAAUGAUGGGCGGGGGGAUGGAGGUGGAGAUUCUGAGGGUUUGAAUUCUUGGUGGAGCGGGUUUGGGUUCAUUGGGGCUUUUAUCAAUGGCUGGAGAGACCGGGUUGCGGCGGACCCGCAAUUCCCCUUCAAGGUUCUCAUGGAGGAAUUGGUGGGCGUUGGGUCCUCCACUCUGGGCGACAUGUCUUCCCGGCCGAAUUUCGGGCUCAACGAGCUCGAUUUCGUGUUUUCAACCCUAGUCGUAGGUUUAAUUCUGAAUUUUCUGCUAAUGUAUCUCCUGGCACCAACAACCUCCUCUUUACCCCAAGUUUUACCCUCCAUUUUCGCCAAUUGUCCGCCGAGCUACAUGUUUCAGCCCGGCCCUUACUCCCUGAUCGACCGGCUGGGAACGCUGGUGUACAAGGGGAUCGUAUUCGCCGCCGUCGGGUUUCCGGCGGGGCUGCUAGGAACCUCCAUUACCAACGGGCUGAUCAAGAUGAGGAAGAAGAUGGACCCGAGCUUCGAAACCCCAAACAAGCCGCCCCCGACGCUCCUGAACGCUUCGACCUGGGCACUUCACAUGGGCAUCAGCAGCAACGUGAGAUACCAAACACUGAACGGAAUCGAAUUCUUGCUGGCAAAGGGGCUUCCUCCGCCGGCGUUCAAGGUGUCGGUGUUUAUACUGAGAUUGGUAAACAACGUUGUCGGGGGAAUGACGUUUGUGAUGCUGGCGCGGUUUACUGGUUCGCAGAAGGUGGGAAAAGUGGACGGUGUUGCUGCCGAAGAUGGAUUGGGUGCAGCGAAAGAGAAGCUGUUGAAUAACAGCGAGGAUUUACACAAGGAAGAGACUGUUUCCAGUUCCAAGUGAAACAGGUUUAGACUAAGUUUAGUUUAUAGGCUCAUUAACUUGUUUUCUGGCUGGUACAAAAGGGUAUACUCUUUAGUGCUUUUUUGUUUUCAAAUGAGAAUAUAUGAAAUUAUUUAAACUUAUGUGUUUAUUCA